AUGGUCCUCGCCUCCCUGGUGUGGCGCGCCUCUGCUGUGCACUCCGUCCCAAUUAAAAUCCGCUCUCAAGUCGCUCUCACAGCAGCGGAAGGGUCCCUCGAGCCGGAGGAGCUGGAGGCUCUCUCGGGUGUGUGGAAAGCUGAGCUUCGUCUCGACGACGGGGAUCGAACGCUGACGUGGCGGCUCGCCGCCAGCGGGAGAGUGCGUGGCCUCGAUGAGAAUGAAGAGGGAGUCUGGUGGGCUGAUAGCGCUCCGACUGAAUCUGCACAGCAGCGCGUGACCGUCUCGCUGCGGGUGAGAGAUUGGACCAUCCUCGCUGUCGGCGAGCGCACGGGCCUGCGGUGCACACAGCUUGGUGGCGCCGUCCUCGAGGGUGCAGAGGACCCGUGCCACGUCGGCGAGUGCGACCUGACCCUCGCGCUCGCCGACAUCGGCUCGGAUGGCCUCGGGGACCUUGAGGCGUGCUCCCCGCGGCCAUUCGCGCGGCUCGAGCGGCGGCGGAGCGCGCGGCCGGCACGACCGGCCACCUUUGCCAAGCGCGCAUUUGUCGGCCGGUGGCGAAUGCUCAUCGACAUGGAAGGAGGCGCUCCUCUCUCGUACGCCGUGGUGCUGCGGCCGGGCGGCACCUUCCGGACCGUCGGGGGAGGCGAGGGCGAGGCAGCCGUGCUCGGAGGCCGGUGGGCGGUGUGGGGCCGCGGCAUGGCAAAGGGCGUCGCAGAGUGGGGCGUGCUCCCCGAGGGGACCCACCUCUGGAUGCGGGUCGAGCGCGACGCCUCCACCUCGACGCUCGCAGGCAUCGGCGGCCUCGCAGGCGUCCACGAGAGCUUCUCCCUCUGGAGCGAGCCCUCACUCUCAUCGCCCGCCUCGGAGCUCGCAGCGCUCGCGGGCGCCUACUCGAGUAGCGCGGGCGAGCGGGGAGCGAGCGUCGCGAGCUGCAGCGGCGCCGCCUACUUUGGCACGGCGAGCAACGAGUACUACAGGGCUGGCCGCUGCUCGAUGAUCCGCGAGGAGGAGGCAGAGGCGGGGCGGGGGUGA